ACUCCAUGCAAGAGAAUCACAGAGUGUAAAAUGUCAACAGUAGGAAGGUUAAUCACUUAUUAUUUACCACGCUCGCUUAUUAUAAGGCCAAGCCCUGCACGACCUUUUUCUCUCACUUCGCAUCGAUGUGCAAAGUCCCGCAGAUCGAACGACAAGGAAGAGAAUGGUGAAGACGUCUCCCAGCCCAUUAAGUUCUCCACGAGUAGAGCCAGUCACCGGGAAUGGAAGGUGGAGCGAUCGAUGGGCAGCAGGUUUCAGCGACCUUGGUGGAAGGUUCUACCACUCAGCAUUCUCUGUAUCUCCUUCCUGAUCUGGUGUGGUUUCCGUCCAGAAUCAGACGUCGAUCGAGCUCUUGAGAAACAGCUGUUUGAACAUUUGCCUGGGUUACUUACAAACAUUGAGGAUGAUGAGACGACAGAGACCGAAGAACUUAAAAAAGAUCCUAAUGGUCAAAGUAAAUGAUAAAAGCUUCUUUAUUUAAACACAUUUUGUGGCACAGUAAUCUUUGGGUAAUUGGGGUGAAUGUAGCUCUCCGUCAACUGUGGUCUGAAAAAAUGAAUUCAUUUUUUUGUCUGAGAAGGAAGCAGUGCAAGUCUAUAUCAAAUGGACAUUUUUCUUACCCCAAAAAGCAGUUUUUGUCAGCCAGUUUUUCUGUAUGUUGAAAUCUUUGCUGUAUCAAACACCAUUACAGUGUGAUGUAAAUACUAUCAAUACUAAUAGUAAAGGUGGAUUUGGGAACACUGCCUGUUAUAAUUUACUCCUGGUCAAUAACAACCACAACAGAUUAUGUAUUACACAACAUUAAGCUUUGUGUUACAUUAUAAAAGACAAGACACACAGGAUUUCUUAAUUUAUCUAAAUUCACACUACCCCUUUCAUCCUGCUCAGACUUGCAGUGGGCCCAGUUCCACCAGGACACACUGGGUAUAAGACAAAACACCAAACCAUCAUAGGGCUCUGGCUAUUCUCAUCAAAGACAAUUGUGUUUGUGUAGAUGGCCAACCACACCACACAUACUCAAACCCAUUUCUGAGUUGCAAUUAUUAGACUAUUGCUUAUAUAUAUAUAUUUUUGAAUCAAGAGUACCUUAAAACUGUGCUCUUAACUGCUUUAAGAACCAUUGCAGUAAUAAAGAAGAA